AUUUUAUUCAGCAAAUUUAAUAAAAAGUAAAGCAAGCAAUAAAUAAAAAUAAAAAAUUAAAAGAAUAUUAAGAGUUUUAUAAAUUAACAUUAAACAACUUUUCACAAAUAAUAUUAAAAGUUAAAAAAAUUUUGUAAAUUAUUAAUAAAUUAAGAAAAAAUUGCUUAGCAAGUCAAUAAUAAAAUCAGUGAAAUGGCAACUAAAUUAUUCAAAACUAUUAAAAAAAAAGCAGGCCGCUUACAGGAUAUUGUUAGUGUCCUCCAAAAAUUAGAAGAAAAGAAAUAUAUAGAACGUCUCUCUAAAAUCUUUGAAGAGAUUUUCUAUGAAGAGCAAAAGUUCACAAUCACAGAGCUUUAAAGGAUUAUGAGUAGUAAGCCAGCUAAUAAGUACCUUGAUUUGGAUGAGCAAUUUAAGCAAAAUACUUAGCUUUUUAAAGCUAAUUUUGAAGCAAUCAACUCUAUAUUAAUUAAUGAAGUAUGGGAUAAUAUCACAGCUACCUUCAGUAAGCCUAAUGAAGGAAAGUAAUAAGUUUACUAAGAUGAUGAAUUUUAAGAUAGAGGACGCCCUUAAACAUCUGCUUAGCAUCAAUAUAGCAUAGCAGAAGAUUAAUAGCAUUAACAACAACAAUAAUACUAAACAGUUGAAAGUGUUGCUAAUGAAAAUGAAUAACACCAAAUAUAUUAAACUGCUCAGUCAUAUGAAUAGCAACAUGCAGUUUCUAGCGGCAAUAAUAAUAAUAAUAGCAAUACACUUAAUAAUGACUCAAAGAUACUUAACAAAGUUGGAUUAGCCAAAAGCUAGUUAAUUAACAAUAGUUCAUAUUCUAUGAAUACAAGUUAUUCCCAACAAAAUCAUAAUGAAAAUUGGGUCAGAACAAAUAUGAAAAAAAGAAAUUCAAGUCGUUCCUAAGAAAAUUUAAAGUUAUCUUAAACUGGAAAUGUAAAUGAUAGCUAAUAUGCUAAAAGAAUGAACUCUAUGAAUAAUUCUACCUUUUAAAAUAAAACAAACACUUCAAUUAUAGAUAUAAAGAAAGCUGCUGAGAAAAAGCUUAAUAGCACAAAUCUCUCUAUUUCAAGCGUAAAGUCUCUAUCCUAAUCAAAGCUAGGAAUGCCUCCUCCAUUCUCUGAAUUCCCAGAAUAAAAAAACCCACUUUCAACAAGUUUCUCAAGAGCCCCAAGAAAACUCCUUGAUAAAGAAUUAAGCUAAUCUCCAGGACCCUCUGAUUAUCGUGUUGAAAAGGCAGAUAAACUAACAAGAAAAUAAUCACCAAAAGCCUCAUUUGGUAAUACAAUUAGGACAAAUUUCGUUGAUGAAAAGCAUCGUAUAGAAUCAUGUGCAUAAACUCCUGGGCCAUAGUAUAAUGUUAGCUAAACUAAUAUAUAUAAGCCUAUGAAAAAAUGA